UUCAUUGCGGGACUUCGGAUAGGAUGGAGUACACCAAUUAUCGGCCGCAUGUUUUCUCUUUUUCAUCUUUCAAGUUGUUAAACGCCAUGAAACAAGUUUUCUUUUUCCGUUUAAAAAACAGUUUGCUCGCGUGAAAUUAUUUUUGUAUGCUGUUUCUCUCUUUAAAAUGUAAUUAGAAUAUCUUAAUUGAAAGCCUGAGGAUUAUAGAAUAAGCAAGGAUUUCAUGUGAUGAUGGAUAUUGCAAAAUGUCACCAUUCAAAAAGAAAUUGAAUUUCAAUGUUUGUGUGCGAAUAUUUAUUUUUGUGAAAAAUGCGGUGUUGCUACAGAAGGAUGAUAAACACUUGUAAGAUUUGUAGUGUGCUUUCUUACCAAUUAUUAAAUGAGUAAUACGGGGAUUAAAGCCAGCUCAGUGCUUGUGUGUCGACAAUGGUGGAAGGUGUGUUGGGUUUAUGGGGAUCAGUAUAAGCUGUACCGCCAAUUAUAUGGUAAGAAACGAACCACUACAACAACUGCAACAACUGUAUCUGUUCAACAUGAUGAAUGGAAAGUGUGCCGCAAUUGCAAGUGUCCUCGAGAGGAACACGAAGGGGCGUCCGGUGUGUCCAAUAUGGCCGAAAGCGAGCGCAUUGUUCACAAAAUGGCCGCCCACUUCGGUAGCAGUCCUGGAUCCCCUUCUGACAGGCAUUCUCACUCCGAUGAUGAUUCUGGAUGUGCACUAGAAGAAUACACGUGGAUACCACCGGGACUUAAGCCUGAACAGGUACACUUAUACUUCAGUGGUAUUCCAGAAGCAAAAGUGCCUUACGUGAACAGUGUUGGCGAGAAGUACCGCAUCAAACAACUCCUGCAUCAGUUGCCGCCUCACGACAAUGAAGUCCGCUAUUGUAAUGCUUUGCAUGAAGAUGAGAAAAAAGAGCUCCGUCUCUUCUCGCAGCAGAGGAAGAAAGAAGCUCUGGGAAGGGGCACCAUCAAACAACUCACAGAGCCACAACCCUGUCGAAAUUGCGAAGAAUCUAUAUCCCGUGGCGAUAUGGCUGUUUUCGCUUCCAGGGCCGGCCCCACUUCUUGCUGGCACCCGGGCUGCUUCACGUGUUGCGUCUGUAAGGAACUCCUGGUCGACCUGAUCUACUUCUACAAGGAUGGCAAGCUGUAUUGCGGCAGGCAUCACGCCGAGUCCCUCAAGCCCCGCUGCGCAGCCUGCGACGAGAUCAUAUUUGCUGAUGAGUGCACGGAAGCUGAGGGUCGAGCGUGGCACAUGCGGCAUUUCUGUUGCUUCGAAUGUGACAGGCAACUGGGUGGCGAGAGAUAUGUAAUGCGGGAUGGACGACCUUUUUGCCUGCAUUGCUUCGAUGCCACUUUCGCAGAGUACUGUGAUGCCUGUGGUGAUCCCAUAGGUGUGGACCAAGGUCAGAUGUCACACGAAGGACAGCACUGGCAUGCCACAGAAAACUGCUUUCGAUGCCAUGCCUGCCACCUAUCUUUGCUAGGGAGACCAUUUCUGCCCAGGAAAGGGCUUAUAUACUGUUCCGUCCAUUGCAGCAAAGUUGGUGACCAAAGCAGUAACAACAAAAGAAACAAACCGUCCCAGGCCAAUAAUUAUGGAAAUGAAAAUCGUACUUCGAGUCCACUUGUUCCACGCAGUCCUCUCGUUCCAUAUCGGAACGCCGCGCCGAGGGAUUCCGUGGAGAAACCCAACAACACUCAAGAGACAGAGAAUAAAAAUAGUUCCUCAAACAAAGAUCAUUCACCAAACAUAGAAAAUAACUCAUUAGUAGAAAAGGAAAAAUCACCAAUGCUGGGACGUUCUAGGGAGCCACUGAAUAUGUCGGACCUCACAAUAGAUGCUUUGAUGUCAAAAUCGCCACAAGUCUUUGUUCAGGUUGUUGAAGAAAUAGAGGAACAACGGAAGGAUCACAGUCGGUAUCAUCAUCGCCGCACAACUGCCCAUUUCUCUAUGCCAGAUCUCACCAGAGACACAGGGUCUACAACACCUCCAGAAACACCAACUAAGGCUGAUUUAAACAGCAGCAAUGGGCCUGUCUCAAAGAAACUCAUUGUCCGAUUUAGCCCUUCCACAGCAAACCUGCCACCUUCUAGUGAUGAUGAAGAACAAAGAACACUGUCACAAAAAGUUGAGAGAUCCUCCUCCUCCUCCUGUGCAGGAAGUGAGGACACAUUUACUAAGAGUCAGCAAAUGCCACAACCACAGAACAAAAGAAACUCUGCUGUAAUGAGAAGCAGAAGUUAUGGGGAUCGAUCAGAAUUGGAAUCUAGUUUUCAAAGAAUGACAACUGCUCAAGCUUCAAGUUCCAGAUACGAUGAUGAUCGUUGCAGUACAUGCUCAAGCUCAAGUUCCGACGAUGAUGAUCCUUACGAAUUACCACCACGACGAGCAUAUGGAGGUGUAAGGAUAUCAUAUGUCAGCAAUGAUACUUUAGCAGUCGCCAGACAGAGAUCUGGAACUCUGCAGUCUUCAGGUGGAAAAAGCCUUCGAAGAAGGCGGAAACACGAUGACAAGAAUUGUAUCGUUUCUUGA